AUGGAUGAGCUCCCAGGAGGCUGGAUAGAGACACCAGCAGACCCUAGUCGACAACGGUCCUAUCUUGGGACUCAGCAGACUCGUGAUGCCGAGCAGACGCCCACCCCGACACCCACCCAGGGCGAAACUGCCCGUGCAUCCUCUGGCACCUAUCUCGACUACACGCCGAGCGGAAACAAUAGCGCUGCUGCGCAACCGCGUAUAGAAUCCGGGCAAUUCUCCUCCAGCCUCAGCACCGCUGUACCAUCACCAGGAGAGAAAGAAAUGGACGCAGGAGAAGAGCCGCGAGAACCUGUAGAGCCUGAAGAAACAGACUCCGACGAGGAGGGGGCAGCCGGUGGAUUUGCAGCAAUCAAGCCGGCUUCUUCGGCUCCGAAGCGGCCGCCUUUACAGAAGGGAGAGUCGAAGCCAAUGACUGAAGAUGACUUGUUCCGCGUGCUUUCCAAACGGAGAACCAGCAGCUUUGGUAGGACCAGGACCGCGUCGACCGCAUCUAGUACGGAUGAAGAGCAGGAAGAAAUCAACAAGCUCAUGUCGCGGAUGUUCGGUCACACGAGGCAGGAGGCUUCGGAAGAAGAGAAGACACGACAUGCUGGCGUCAUCUUCAAGAAUCUGACUGUCAAAGGCAUGGGUGUAGGCGCCGCAUUGCAACCGUCUGUUGGUGGCAUCUUCCUCGGCCUCCCUCGCUUCCUCAAAAAUUUGGCGACAAAGGGACCACGCAAAGCAGCUGGAAAGCCUCCAGUGCGUACCAUCAUCGACGAUUUCUCAGGCUGCAUAAGGCCCGGAGAGAUGCUUCUAGUGCUAGGCCGACCGGGUGCUGGAUGCUCUACCUUCUUGAAAGUGAUUGGCAACCAACGGUUUGGAUUCGAAGGUAUUUCAGGCGAGGUCACCUAUGGCGGAACCGAUGCGAAGACAAUAGGCAAGAAGUUCCGGAGCGAGGUUCUGUAUAAUCCAGAGGACGAUCUGCAUUACGCAACGCUCAAAGUCAAGGAUACACUGAGGUUCGCACUGAAGACGAGAACACCUGGAAAGAACUCGAGGAAAGAAGGCGAAUCCCGGAAGGACUACGUGAAGGAGUUCCUCAGAGUUAUCUCAAAACUUUUCUGGAUCGAGCACACGCUGGACACGAAGGUCGGAAAUGAAUUCGUGCGCGGCGUGUCUGGCGGGGAGAAGAAGCGCGUCAGCAUUGCUGAGGCGAUGAUAACGAAGGCUUCUGUCCAAAGCUGGGACAACUCAACACGAGGUCUAGACGCCAGCAGCGCCUUGGAAUAUGUCCAAAGUCUUCGCUCGCUUACGAAUAUGGCAAAUAUAUCGACUUCGGUUGCACUUUACCAAGCGGGCGAGUCAUUGUACGACCUCUUCGAUAAGGUGCUUCUCAUUCACGAAGGACGUUGCUGCUACUUCGGCCCUGCGGAUCAUGCGGCGAAGUACUUUAAGAGCCUUGGCUUCGUGCAGCCUGAGCGAUGGACCACUGCCGAUUUCCUAACCUCUGUAACCGACGAACACGAGCGCCACGUCAAGGACGGCUGGGAGAACCGCAUUCCCAGAUCCGGCGCCCAGUUCGCGCAGGCAUUUGUUGAGAGUCAACGGCACCAGGACAACCUCGCUGAAAUCGAGGAAUUUGAGCAGGAGACCCAGCGGAUGGCGGAGGAGCGGCAAGCCGCCAUGACGAAGGCAACAAAGAAGAAGAACUUCACUCUGCCCUUCCACAAGCAAGUGACGGCCUGCACAGCCCGACAAUUUAAGGUCAUGAUUGGCGAUAAGCAGUCCCUCGUGGGCAAAUGGGGUGGCAUCCUCUUCCAAGCGCUCAUCGUGGGAUCGUUAUUCUACAACUUGCCCAAAACCGCCGAAGGAGUGUUCCCACGGGGUGGUGUGAUCUUCUUCAUGUUGCUGUUCAACGCUCUUUUGGCGCUUGCCGAGCUUACGGCUGCCUUCGAGUCCCGACCGAUCCUUCUGAAACACAAAAGCUUCUCGUUCUACCGACCAGCGGCUUACGCUAUUGCCCAAACCGUCGUUGAUGCUCCCUUGGUUCUGGUUCAGGUUUUCAUAUUCGAUGUGGUGGUCUACUUCAUGGCGAGCUUGCAGCGAACGGUCUCGCAGUUCUUCAUCUCGCUCCUCUUCCUGUGGUUGCUGACCAUGACCAUGUACGCCUUCUUCCGCGCUAUGGGUGCACUAGUCGGCUCUUUAGAUGCUGCAACCAGGAUAACCGGAGUCGCGAUCCAAGCCUUGAUAGUGUACACUGGCUACCUGAUACCACCGAGUAAGAUGCACCCCUGGUUCUCUUGGCUCAGAUGGAUCAACCCUGUGCAGUACGGGUUUGAGGCUUUGAUUUCCAACGAAUUCUACAAUCUCCAAAUCCAGUGUGUACCGCCCUACAUCGUUCCACAAGCUCCGAACGCGCAGACCCAGUAUCAAUCGUGUGCCAUCCAAGGCAGCACUCCGGGAUCUCUCACUGUUAGUGGCGCAAACUAUAUCCAAGUCGCUUAUCAAUAUUCUCGAUCACAUCUUUGGAGAAAUUUCGGAUUCAUCUGUGCUUUCUUCAUCUUCUUCGUGUUCCUCACAGCCUUCGGGAUGGAAAUCCAAAAGCCCAACAAGGGUGGCGGAGCCGUCACGAUCUACAAGCGAGGCCAAGUACCGAAGGCCGUCGAAAAAGAGAUGGAAGUCAAAGGUCAACCAGCGGAUGUAGAGAGCGGAAAGACUGAGCCAGUCUCGAAGGAAGCGGAGAGCGGCGACAGCACCGAUGCGGACGAUACAGUUAAGGGUGUGGCUAAGAACGAAACGAUCUUCACGUGGCAGGAUGUGACCUACACCAUCCCCUACCAGAAGGGCGAGCGCACACUCCUCCAGGACGUCCAAGGCUAUGUGAAGCCCGGUAAGCUGACCGCUUUGAUGGGAGCGUCAGGCGCCGGGAAGACAACGCUGCUCAAUACUCUGGCUCAACGCAUCCGAUUCGGAGUGAUGCGGGGAGACUUCCUUGUGGAUGGCAAGCCACUUCCGUCGUCCUUCCAGCGCUCUACAGGUUUCGCUGAACAGAUGGACAUCCACGAAUCCACGGCGACAGUGCGUGAAGCCUUGAGGUUCUCAGCCAAGCUUCGUCAGCCGAAGGAAGCGGCACUACAGGAAAAGUACGACUACGUCGAGAACAUUAUCGAUUUACUCGAGAUGCGUGACAUUGCCGGAGCAGCUAUCGGUACGACGGGCUCUGGUUUGAACCAGGAGCAGCGCAAGCGUGUCACUAUCGGCGUCGAAUUAGCCAGCAAGCCAGAGUUGUUGAUGUUCCUCGAUGAGCCCACCUCUGGACUUGAUUCAGGCGCUGCUUUUAAUAUUGUUCGAUUCUUGCGAAAACUGGCCGACGCCGGACAGGCUAUUUUUUGCACGAUCCACCAGCCAUCGUCUGUCUUGUUCGAACACUUCGACCAGCUAUUGCUUCUCAAGUCCGGCGGGCGCACUGUUUAUUUCGGGGAGCUUGGUCAUGACAGCCGCACCCUACUCAACUAUUUGGAAGGAAACGGCGCUAAGAAAUGCCAACCAAAGGCGAACCCUGCGGAAUACAUGCUAGAGACCAUCGGUGCUGGAGAUCCUAAUUACAAGGGCAAAGAUUGGGGCGACGUCUGGGCGUCUUCUCCUGAGAACCGAACGUUGACACGCGAGAUCCAAGAAAUCAUAUCCGACCGCCGGAACGCUUCGAAGGAACAAACUCGCGAUGACAGAGAGUACGCUAUGCCCCUGACAACGCAGUUCUACUCCGUUAUCCAUCGAAGCUUCGUCGCAAUGUGGAGGGAUCCUCCCUACGUUAUCGGGAUGUUCAUGCUGCACAUCUUCACUGGUCUCUUCAACAGCUUUACCUUCUGGCAUCUCGGCAAUAGCCAGAUCGAUAUGCAGUCACGACUCUUUUCGACAUUCAUGACGUUAACGAUCUCGCCGCCUCUCAUCCAGCAACUACAGCCCCGCUUCAUACACUUCAGGUCGAUCUACGAAUCUAGAGAGGGAAAUUCCAAGAUAUACACCUGGUCAGCGUUCGUUUGGGGUGCUAUUCUGAGUGAAAUACCUUAUCGACUUCUUGCUGGGACUAUUUACUGGUGCUGCUGGUACUGGGCCACGUGGUUUCCGCGGGACACCUAUACUGCAGCUAGCGUCUGGCUGUUCGUCAUGGUGUUUGAGCUCUACUAUCUUGGAUUCGGUCAGAUGAUCGCCGCUGCCGCACCCAACGAAUUGCUCGCUUCUCUGCUUGUGCCGCUCUUCUUUACCUUCAUUGUCUCGUUCUGCGGUGUCGUCGUGCCCUAUGCCGGCUUGCCAAAAUUUUGGCAGGCCUGGAUGUACUGGCUCACGCCAUUCCACUACCUACUCGAAGGUUUCCUUGGUCUGCUCACUCAUGGCCUUCCUGUGCAGUGCUCCACGAACGAGCUGGCGAUUUUCCCCCCGCCACCUGGUCAGGAUUGCCAGUCGUAUGCUGGCAGUUUCGCGCAGCAGACUGGUGGCUACGUGCAGACGCAGCCAAACGGAGAUUGCGGCUACUGUCAGUUUGCAACCGGCGACGCGUUCGCGGCAUCUUUCAACGUCUUCUAUGAGCACGUAUGGAGAAGGGACUUUUGGAUCAUGUGGAUCUAUGUCGUGUUCAAUUUCGCAGUCGUCUUUGCGGCUACGUGGCUUUACCUCGGAGGCGCGCGCAAGAUCAAAUCGUUCUUCAGUCCCAAGGCGAGGAAGGAACAGAAGGAAAUGAAGAAGAGACAAAACGGCGAUGCGGCAUAG